UAAUUAAAUUUAAAAUAAUAAAGAAAAACCAUAAUAGUAAAGUAGGAGUUAAACAGUUGGCUAUAAAUACUCCACGAAUAGUUUGAGAUAGUAUCAAAAGCAAUUCGUUUGUAAAAGCUAAAACAACUCAACUCAAAAUGUUCAAAUUCUUGUUUGUACUCAUUGCUGCCUUGUUUGCUGUCAGCAUGGCUUCUCCUUAUCCAGCACCAGCUCCAGCUCCCCGUCCAGUAGCUCGUCCUGAACCAGCUCCUCAAUAUUAUACACCUUAUGCUUACACUGGUGGUUACUACGCUUCUCCCUAUGCUUACUAUGGUUAAGAAAAAUUAAAGCGACCUUCUGCUAACUAAGUGGGCAGAUAUCUAGGGUUUUUAGGGAUUUACUGAUACAACUGGAUGGAUAUGUGACUUGUUAUAUGCUUAUUGGAAAAAAAUAAGUUUUUUUUUCACAUUAACACAUGCAACUUUAAUUUUCUUUUUGUUAAUAGAGUUCAUAUUUUUCUUUCUUUUUUCAUUUCAUUAUUUUUGUUUAAAUAAAAUUUAAUUUACCAAAAGAA